AGUUUAAGUGUGUGUUUUUCAUAAGUUUUUAAUCAAUUAAUUAGUAGGUUAAAGUUAAAACAGUUUUUAAAUUGUCAGUGAUGUUAGCGGCCUAAAUAAACACGGAAGUGGAUCAGAAAAUAUCAAAAAUUGAACAAAAUGCAUGGAAGAAUUAAGGUGAAAACAACUGCUGAGCAGCAAGAAGCAAAAAAAUUGGAACGAGAGAAGAAACUCAAACUCUAUACUGCAGCAACAAACAGGAUCUUCGAAAAGAGGAAGAAUGGAGAAUAUGAUGAAGAGGGUUUGAAGUUAACCGGUGAUAUCCUGGCGAUGAACUCGGACUUCUCCACUCUUUGGAACUACAGGAAGGAGAUUUUUCUGCACAUGAAGGACAACAGAUCAGCAGAGGAGGUUUGUGAGCUCUUCAAGACAGAGUUACAGUUCUUGGAGUCAUGUCUCCGUGGCAACCCUAAGUCAUACGGUGUGUGGAACCACCGUUGUUUUGUCAUGGAUACCAUGGCAGAGCCAGACUGGAAGAAAGAGUUACAGCUGUGUAAUCUCUUCCUGGAGUAUGAUGAACGAAAUUUCCACUGCUGGGAUUACAGACGUUUUGUUGUGGAGCGUUCCAAUGUUCCCCCCAAGGCUGAGCUGGAGUUUACACAGAGCAAGAUAUGUAACAACUUCUCAAACUUCUCCUCCUGGCACUACCGCAGCAAACUGUUGCCGCUUAUCUACCCAGAUGAUAGUACCGCAGUUGGGGUUGAGGAAAAUGUUCUCAUUAAAGAGUAUGAGGCAGUGCAGAAUGCAUUCUUCACGGACCCGGAUGACCAGAGUGCUUGGUUCUACCAUAGAUGGCUGUUGGGAAGAGGUAAGAAGAAGCCUGGCGUUAGCUGCAUGUUUGUAUCCAGAGAUCACCAAUCCCUCAUGAUCAACACAACACAGCCAGUCCUGAUAACCGCGCAGUCGUGUGAGGUUGAAGUACUAGUCAAUGGGGAACAUCAGCCAGGCCGCUGGUGCACCCAUAAACACCAGGACAACGCCUACUCCAAUAUAUGGAUAUUCACUUCCAAGGAUGGUUCUCCAUGGCUACCAGGGAAAGACGAAGUGGAGGUGCAGGUUGCUGCAGAUGCGGAGGACUGGGGGUCCUCGGACUCAGUCCAACUCCAAGCUGGUCAGCCUGAGAGCUGGACUCUCACACAGGAUGACCAGGGACUUAGGUUCAGGCAUGAGUUGAGUGCCGCCACCACAGAUACAUUACAAAGAGAGCUGCAGUCAAUACAGGAACUUUACGACCUGGAACCAGAAAACAAAUGGGUACUGUUGACAAUUGUGUCCCUGAUGAAAGCCCUGGACCCCCUGAAAUACUCAGAGCAGAUAGAAACAUUCAUUUCACAGCUGAAAACUAUCGACUCUACUAGACUUCAUUACUAUGAAGACCUAAGAAGUCGGUAUAUCCUAGAAAACUAUCUGGAGGAGUUUGACUUUGAUCAAAGAGUUGUGUCCCUUGCGAGCCGCAGUUUGACGUGUGUAUACCACGCGGAUCUUCUCUCCAUGGUUGUGAAAGUUGACCUCUCACACAACUGUCUCACUAGUGUGAAAGGCUUCAGCUGUCUGCAGUGUGCAAGGGAGGUAAUUCUUGAUGAUAACAAGAUCGAGGAGGUGGAAGAGUUACGUUACCUGAAGGAUUUGUCCCAGCUGUCUUUGAAAAAUAAUUCCAUUCCGUCCAUUGAUGUUCUAGAUCCGCUGGUGAACUGUCACCACCUGAUCAAGCUGCAUGUGUCCGGUAACCCGAUGAGUGAACUAUCCUCGCACACGGACGUCAAACAUCUACUGCCUUCCCUCCAUAAUGUUGAUGGACAUAUAUUUGGAUGAGAUUAGUUACCAGCAUCUUUAUGAUUUUUUUCUAAGAAUUCUUUUACUAUAAUUAUGUACACUGAAAAUGUAACUUUUUUUUUUAUUUUCUUAUUUUCCUAAGUAUUUAUUAUUUUUUUGUAAAUCAUGUAGGGUAAUAAAUAAAUGCAUUCCUGCACACCAGAGCUAUGCUUCUAUGCAUACAACAGAUUUAUCAUCGUCAAACCUUUGAUGAAUGAAAACGGUUAAAUGAUUUAUGUUACAUUCCUUUUAAACCAUCUCUUGUUCAUAGCAGCAUAUGUGACAAAUCGGUGUUGGGGAGCAUUUAUCAAUUCCACUGAUAGCCUUGAGAUUUACUUAUUAAUGUAUUUCUCCCUCUGUUUUUGAUUUUCAAACUGCUCAGUAUCCUCAACAUAUACUGAUUUUGCUCAUCAUUUUUAAAAACUGUUGUUGUAGUGUAUGCUGUUGCUGUUGAUGAUGUAUUAUCUUGAUGUCAAUCAAGUUUUUUACAAUUGCUGAUUUUUGUGUGAAAAUUUUGUAUAGAAUAAUUAUGAUAAUAACAAAUUAAAUGCAUGGCCAACAAUUGAAGUUAACAGUUGCUUGAAGGGAAUGAACUCCUGCCUUGGUUUCGUAUGACCUGUAAAAUAUUUAGUGACAUUUAACCUUAAAGUAUUUUUUUCUUUAGAUUUAUCAAAAGGGUAAAAUCCUACUAACGAUCUAGCAAAAGAUCACUUUGGAAUACUGCAGUUUAUGGAGUGACCCCAUAUAAAUCUGAAUAUUUUUAGGUUCAAUGUCACUCAAUAUUUUACAGGUCAUUUGACACCAAAGCAGGAGUUAAUUCCCUUAAAGCAACUGUGAGCUAUAUACUGGCAUUUUGUUAAUGCAAGCUUAAGGGAAUGCAAAACAUUUUUUGUUUUUCUGACAAAACGCAUCGUCGGCAACCAUGGUACUUAAAUCUGUUAUACAUCAUAAAUACCGUCGGAUAAUUGACUGACAAAAUCUCGUUUUAAUGAAUAUGCAUGAGGCAGGGAAGAGAACUCUUCUUUCAAUGAAUUCGGAUUUUACAAUUAAAUAUUCUUAAAUAACUUAAACUCCCUGGGCGAGUGGUCUUGAAUGCAGUCAAAAUUUAUGUUCUGAAAAGGCGGACCCGGUUUAAUAACUGGCUUUCGUAUUUUCUUAUUUUUCUAAGGGAAACCAUUUGGUAUCUUAAGAAACAAAGAGAAUGCCUCAUUAAUUGUACAUGAUUACGAUAUUUCUUAUCUAAAUCGCCCACGGUACACGACGAAGCAUAGCAUAGUAGUAUCCGGGGGAUCCGACGAUGGACAAUGCGAUGCAAAUACAGAUACACGUAGUUGUUAUUGUUUCUAUGACAUUGUCAUCACGCUAAAUGUUUACUUCCCGGAACACCUUAUUUGUAGUAACAAUUUCUCGGAAUCGUAUUAACGCAUUUUUGUAUUUUUUUCUAAAAAUAGAUUUUACUCUAUAACCUUGUUAAAUGGCACAAAAGAAUCGGUAGAGAAAAGACACACAAAACGCACACAUGGGGGUUUUCGUUGGAUAGGUGAGAGAAUAAGGGCCAUUAAUGGUUUUCUUGCAAUGAGCCUAAACUUAUAUAAAGUAACACUCUUAUUCGAAAUCAAUACAUACACAUGUCUGACAAACAUAAAUUUUGUGUGGUCAACCUUGAACUACUUACUGAAUAAUGCAUCUAUGGAAAAUAUUAAAUACUGAUAACAAGAUUGUAACCGUGUAUUUAAUAGCUGAAUACGCUAAAAUAUUAAAUGAUUGGUGAGUGCUAAAAUAUUUACUGUGAUCUACUAUAGUCUCAUAAGGUAGAAAUACCGUGUUUUAUGCACAUUUCUUUCAAAUUAAACUCGGUAUCCUUCAUAAGAACAAUUGUUUUCGUCAUUUAUUCAUCCUUUUUGGAAUAUAAAAACAUGUUAUUAAUUGUGGUAAAUCUGAUAGGAAUAACAGUGCAUCUUUAAUAAUAUAGCGUGACAAAUAAAAUAUCAUUUGCAAACACAAAACUGUCUGAAAAUCGUAAUCAAUAAAAAAAACUUCCUCAUUUCCACAGUACCAUUAUCAAUUAUGUGAGUUAAUGCAUUGAUCGCAUAGUAAACCUGUUUUCUUUGAAUCACAUUAAGCUAUAUAUAUAUAUUAUAUAGUAUUACUAUUUUAUCAUUGGUGCUUAUACAUCAAGUGAACGCUGCUAAUAUGUAACUUAUUGUUUGUGUAUGAGUUAUUACAUAUGUGCAAUAAACAUCAUAACUAAUGCGUUAA